AAGUGGAUUGGUGUGUGCGUGUGUGUUGACGUAGUGAGUUUUACCUCUGCGUUCUGACAUAAGAUCAUCAACUCUAGCUUGGAACUCGCGUUUGGAAGAAAUGCCGGUCACUUGGCGAAAAGGGGUCCAGGUAACAAAACCUGUCCCCCAUAAACUAUUUUUAUAGUGUGUAUAUUUUUCGCUUGGAAUCACGUUGUGAGGAGAAUGAAUGUUGUCGGUGUACCUUCUACAUAUCUAGGUGUCGUUCUGGCUGUUUUUAUUGUGAGCGGAGACAGGUAAUGUAAAUCAACGGAGAAAGAAGGAAAAGGGACGUCGCGAGUGUUCGUCUGUGUUGUGUUGUGUUGUUGUCACCUGUGUGAAGAAGAGUUCCCAAAAGAAAAAGAAGGAAAAUGUCCACCGCAGCAGACGACGAGGCUUCGAUAGAGCGCGGAGGUCGGAGUCUCUCCUCCAUAUUCCGUCCUCCAGGCCUAAACCUCCAGAAGUGUAAGAGGUGCGAGAACACCGUCUACCACAGCGAGCGUUUCGGCCCCGUGCACGACGCCGUGUUCCACAAGACGUGCUUCAGCUGCUUCAUAUGCGGCCAGUUCCUCAACCUGAAGAACUACUGGUCGAACCAGGUGGACGCCAACGACCAGGAGAUCUACUGCCAGACCCACGUCCCCAGGAUAGGAGGGGCCCGCAUCGACGACCAGUCCGUCGACAUCAAGCGCGCGGUCCGAGCACAGUCCGAAUUCAGAUACCCGUCUUCCAAGACCCACGAGCGACGCCUGCCGGACAAUGUGCCCGGCCCCCAGGUCGACUCCCAGUCCAUGCAGAUCAAGAGCGCCCUCACGGUGCCCUCGUCGAACUAUUCGCAGGACCCGACUUCGCACCAGGUCCACGGAAUCAAUGUGGACGCCCUGCAUAUCAGGGGGGCUCUGGACGCCCAGCUACUGCAGAGGAAGUACCAAAGAAAGCUUGACAAGCACCACUUCCCACCACAUAUUGCUAAGAAGCGAGAACAGCUGUUCAAUGCCCAGAAGGAGCUGGAGGAGCGACUGCGGAAGGAGGAGGACGAGAUGUUCAAGACGUUCCAGAACACUCGCAAACACGAGAAAGCCAAACUGUCGCAAGAGAUCAACAAGGAGUGGGAGAUCAAGCUCAAGGAGCUCACGGACAAGUACGAGAAGUCGUUCACCGCCAAAAAGAAGAAGGAAACCGAUAAGAAGUCGAGGACCAUCAGCCUGGACAACAGACUCCAUUCACCUCCACACAACAUGAUGACCGUUCAGUUUGAAAAUGAAAAGAAAGAUCUCGAGCAGACGAUGACUCUGAAACGAGAACGGAAAAAGAAGUCGAUGACUGUUCGUCUGCGACAGAAGGAGCAGUCCGCCACGUCUGAAUUGGUGACGAAGCAGAGUCGAGAGAUGCUGAGACUUCUGGCCAUCAAACAGCAAGAGCUGAAGCGAGAACUCGAGCGAGAACUCGAGAAGGAGCUCCAGAUACAGAAAAAUAAAGACAAAAGCAAUGGUCAGCAUGUUAUCGAACCGAAGGAAAACGGAACAAAUGAGCCCGAGACAGUUAAAAUGGUAGAACUACUGGAAGUUCUGCAGGCCCCCGCUGUUGUUCAGCCACCGUCCCCGCAUCCGCCAUCUUGUCGCAAGAAAGAUCUCUACCGAGAUGCCAGCAUCUUCAGUGACAUAGACGACCAAGUUAUCAAAGUGGCAGAAAACGAACAGCUGACUUACACGGAUCUAGUGAGACAGCUGACGGAAAACCUGGUGACCGACCUGGAAAAAGCCAGGGCGAUAUAUCGGUGGAUCACCGUGAAGGACCUGAACGUGAUCGAGUUCGAUGACGACAUUGACGAGGACACGCCCAUGGGUCUGCUGAGAGGCAUCAAGUACGGCACGGAAACCUACCACGUGCUCUUCAUGCGGCUGUGCAGUUACUGCGGUCUGCACUGUCUGGAGAUCAAGGGACACUCUAAGAGUGUGGGGUACGAGCCGGGCAUGAAGAUAACGGACGACACCUUCCAGAACACGUGGAACUCGGUGCUCAUCGACGGCGACUGGAGACUGAUUCAGUGUAACUGGGGCGCCAGACACCUUGUUCUGAAUAAGGAUAAGGAAAAGGACAAACCUAAGAAGCGCGACCAGAUCCGCUACCAGUACGACGAGCACUACUUCCUCACGGACCCUGACGAGUUCAUUCAGGAGUUCUGGCCGCUGGAGAAGAGCUGGCAGCUGCUUGAAAUCCCCAUCACUCGGGACGAGUUCGAGGCUCUUCCGUUCGUGCGUUCCGUAUUUUUCCACUACGGGAUGCACUUCGACCAGAGCCGUCUGUCCGUGUUGCAGACUGACGACAAAGGAGGGGUGAAGAUCAGCAUCAAAAUACCAGAACGUCUGGAAAACGACCUGGUCUUCUUCUACCAGCUCCGUUUUGCCGACAAGGACAGGAAACACGAAAUGUCUUACAAAGGCGCUAGUCUGGAGAGAUUUGUCUUCCAAACGAUGGUAGAGAAUAUGGUGACGUUCAGCAUCCACGUUCCUAUGGCAUCAGACUAUUUCUUCGAGAUAUUCGCAAAUAAGAUCGACGAGUCAAAUCGAUGUCUCGAAGAGUCUAACGCUAACUUUGCUCCUUUUCGGUUGAAAUGUGCCUGUAAGUUUAAGAUAACAUGCUCCAGCUUGAUUGGAAAGAUGCAUCCUCUUCCCAAUUGUGCAGCGGGAGAAUGGGGCCCCAAAAAGGCUUUCAGACAUUUCGGCCUCUCUGCAAUUCCUCAGGAAGUAGUGCCUGGAGAAACGAACGAUAACGUGGAUACUGCCAAGGCGGGUAUUCUUACUGUAGAUGAGAAGUUUGAACUGAAGUUCAACAUCCCUCGUCCACUGCAGUUUGUAGCCAAGCUGCGAAUGACUCAGGUGGAAGAUCAUGUUCUGGAUCCAUUCGUGCAUUUAUCGGCCGAUUCGAGAGUUUUGAAAAUAGCUGUGAAUUUACCGCAGCCGGGACAGUACGGCCUUGACCUCUUUGCCCGACCGAAGGGAGGAUCUGAUACCAAUACCCUGUCGCAUGCCUGCAAGUACUUAAUCAACUGUGGCAAAGUUAGCGAGCCCGUAGACAUUCCAAAAAUCAACGUGUCAAGAAACAAAUGGGGUCCGACAGCUUCCUUCGAAGAGUUUGGCCUGCGAAUGGUGUCACACAAGGACCCGGUGAUAAAGAUCAACGAUUCCAAUCAGUGCACGGUGGAACUGAACGUACCUGAAAACGUAAUCCUAUCUUUCCAGUUCCUUCGUGAACCAAACGAGGACAAUAAGGAUUACGUGACUAUGGUACGCGACGCCCACAGUUAUAAGACGGUCAAAUUCUUGGUGAAUCUCACAAAACAUGGCAACUACAUGUUAUCGCUUUACGCCAGAAAGGACAAGAGCGAAGAUAAGGCUUCCCCUAAUGUUUACAACUACAUAAUUCAGUAUGCCCCAAUGGAGACCAAUGGAAACAUUUCCAGUGGGAAGUCUGAUAAACAUUCUAUUUUCAGAAAAGGGCUGUUUUCGAGGAAAGACAAGGAUAAGCAAGUGGAUAAAAAUUGGGAUAAAUAUUCUGAUAAAUCGUCAGAUAAGUCUUCUGACAGUCGGUAACAAUUCGUUAUGGAAGCAUUAUAUUUCUGUCUUUUGUCAGAAUUAAAGUGUAAAGCAUGGCUGCCCACUUUAAGGGUUGUUCUAGACAUUUGAGAUCUGUGAGAAUCCAUUGUUUUCAAAUCGAUCCAUUUUUGUGGUAUGUGGUGUUCUGACUGGAAUACUGGUAUCAAAUAUGACAAGCUGAUAUACUGAUGUCACUAAAAGAGUACUGGUGCCUGUUUUCACCACUUCCAUCGUUAAUCUACUCCCGUUUUUAAAUUUCAAUCAUAAACAAAUUAAUUUCUGUUGAAUUUUGAUCCAUUUUCAACGCCGCCUUGUGAGUGCAACUAGAACAGCCCUUAUUGAAUUGCUUCUAAUACAAUUCGAUUAACUUGUAUAUAAUAUUUAUACAAAUGGGCAAAUAAUCAAAAUAAUAAUAUUUUCACGCAAUUGUAAGAGUUAUUGGCAUCAAACACACGGUGUAGGCCCUGUCCAAAUCCGGUUGAUGACUUUUGCCUUUGUGCCAAUAUCAGUGACUGCUUUGAUUUGUAUUAUUGAUUGUUUUUGUACACCUGAGCAAUAUAUACAUAUCACAUAUUACACAUAUUUACUAUACUAAGACAAAACAGUUAAGCAAUUUGGUAAAGUGCUUAAGUAAAAUAAAACUCGUGAGUCACGAGUCGUGACUUACAAAGAGAUAUCAGAUAGUGGGUUUAAUUGAUGCAUCAUUUGUCAGUAUAAAUAACAGGAUAUUUAUUAUCAAUACAAAAUGUAAUGCGUAACGGUCGCGUCAUUUAAUGUGGGUAAGUACAAUGCAGAAGUACCAAAUUGCUAAACGUUUUUCACUUAGUAUAUCUUUACACCUGAAAGUGAUAAUCGGGAAUCGCCAAAAUUAUCUGGUAACACGGGUUUGUAUUCUGUUAAAUGUAGUCCGCUAUGACGGACAUCUUGUUUUGCGUUUUAUUUGAAGGUUAUUCCAGAAAUGAAUACAUCAACGGGGCAUGGCUGUAGAUAGCUCUGGUGGUAAUUGUGGAUCCUAAAUUUAUAUCCAUUUGUGUCUGGUUUUGAUACUUUUUUCUUUUGCAUAGUCGUUGAGAUUGGGGGGAGUUAAAGAUAUGUUACGCAUAUUUGUUACUGUAUUAAAAUGUGUUUGUGUGGUUUGCAAAAUAGUUUAAAUUAUUUUUGGAUAUUGGGUACUAAAUUGUUUUUACUUAAACACCCAAUCCAACCUACCCCAUCUCGUAAUCAUUUCUAGUACCGCCAUAACAAAAACAUACAUAUAUAGUUUGUGAUUGUUUAUCAAAAUUUGGAAAUCUAAGUUUCGAACAAAGUAUCUCAUAUUUCUAUGUAUUUUCCAACAAAGUAUGUAAUCUAUUUAUGUAUUUAAUUUGUUUAUACUUCCUUCAAACUCUAGACUAUCAAACUUUUACGCUUACCCCUAUCGGUUUUUGUUUUCUUAUGUUGUGUUUGGCCUAUUCACGUGAGGGGGGGGGGGGGGGGGGGG